CCCCUCUCCAAGUUCGAACCCCGCAUUUCUCCCUUUCCAAAAUCCCCACCCGCACUGUACCUAUUGUCUCCACGGAUUCCUCAACGCUACCCCGAUCGAGCUCCCUCCCCAAUUCCCCUUGCGCUAGCCAGCCCUAGCUCCGUCCUCAGUUCCUCACCACCGCCCCAAGCCCUCCCCAAUCAGAUCCGCCCGAACUGACGCUGCGGACUCGUCGAGGCGCGCGCGGCCGCCCUCCCGCGCCGAGGUCACCGGCCACGCUCGCGCACUCCCGCUUGUUCUGUGACUCUCAAUGUCCUCGUCAACCAGAAAAGUGAGAAAUGUAAACAAGCGCUAUGCCAAAAUCAAUGAAGAUUGGAACGAGAAGGAUGCCGCAGUUGUACAUAAAAGUAAAGUGCGAAAGAAAAAGUUAUCUGACCUUGGUUCUCAGUGGAGCAAAGAUGAGCUGGAGCACUUCUAUGGAGCUUAUAGAAAAUAUGGAAAAGAUUGGAAGAAGGUGGCUGCUGCCGUCCGUGAUAGAACAUCUGAUAUGGUGGAGGCUCUUUACAACAUGAAUAGGGCAUAUUUAUCUCUUGCAGAGGGAACUGCUACUGCUGCAGGGUUGAUAGCGAUGAUGACCGAUCACUAUAAUAUUCUGGAUGGAAGUAACAGUGAUCGCGAGAGUAACGAUUCACUGAAAACUUCUAGGAAGCCACAGAAGCGUGGGCGUGCAAAGCUUCAAUCUGUGUCGAAGACAUCUGAUACACGCUACCCUGAUCUAUUGCAAUCUCAGCCCACUUCAUCGAGCUAUGGAUGCCUUUCUUUGUUGAAGAAGAAACGUUCAGAAGACUUGUUUUUAGGGAACAGGUCACGUGCUGUUGGAAAAAGGACCCCGCGAGUGCCUGUUGCAAGCAUGUACCACCGUGAUGACAAGAUAGCAAAUAGACAAGCAAAACCAGAUGCUACUAAUGGUGGUGAUGAAGGUGCUCAUGUAGCAGCUCUAGCUCUAGCAGAGGUCUGUCAAAGAGGAGGCUCACCUCAGGUUUCUCAAACACCUGGAAGAUCGAGUGAUCGUAUGUUCCUGUCUCCUAUUAAAAGUGCUGACAGAAAAAAUGCGGAUUCAGAGAUGGGAAGCUCAAAGAUGCAUGGAUUUCAAGUAGAAGCUGAUUAUCCAGAAGGUAGCUUAGGAAGCAGGGAAGCAGAGACUGGUGACCAUCCCAAAUAUGAUUCUUAUUUUAUGAAUAAUGAAGGCUGUGCAUCUGGCAAGUCUAAGCAAAAAUUAAAGAGGCCUCAGAGGAGAAGAAAGAAAGCUGCACACAAAACAGACGAUCAAUUCGAGGAUGACAGAGAGGCUUGCAGUGGCACUGAAGAAGGGUACAGCGCCAGAAAAGCUAAAUAUGAAUCAGAGGUGGACGCAUUAGGAAGUAAAGCUUCAUGGCCAUCUAAUAAAUCAAGCAAAAGAAGUCGCCAGCUAUUUUUUGGUGAUGAAAGCUCAGCUCUCGAUGCAUUGCAUACAUUAGCUGAUAUAUCUGUGAAUAUUCUACAACCUUCUUCCAAUGCUGAAUCUGAAUCAUCAGCACACAUUAAGGAUGAAAGCAAAGACAAUGAAUCUGAUGAGAAGCCUAGUGUUCCUGCAGCAGUACCACUUCUUGAGAAAAAGGACAACUCCAGAAAAACGAAGAAGAUUAAAAGGCAGUCAGAACUUGUAAACAUUGAGAUGGUUACUAGGAAAAAAGCUAGACUUACUAAAGAUCCACAUCAUGAUGGAAGUGCUAUUUCUGAAGUAAAGCAGCAAGAUUGUAAAUGUGGUGUUAAAACGGAGAAAAAGAAAAGAAAGUAUUCCACAGGAAAGAUCUCCAAAGAUGAAAAGAAUGCACUAAAAGAUAUUGAGAAGACUGAGGUUUCUGCUGAAGAAGGGAAUGUAGUUUCUAAUAAGGGUAGGCAUACUCAUGUUAGUCCAGUUUCAAAACAAAACAAGUCCAAAGCACAGGAAAGUUCUCCAGCACAUGAUGAUUUUGGAAAAGAAGCCAUGGAUAAUAUGGACAGAACACAAAAUGCAAUAACUCAGCAAUCUGACUCGCCGUCGAAGGCUAGAAGUCGGCGCAAAUUAGGCAUUUUAAAAGCACUUACUCCAGAGUAUAAGCCUUCUAAGGGUGCUGAUGAUCCCUGCGAUAAUGUUACCUACUCAGUGAAUAACGUUCUCGAUCUUAAGGACAAGCUCUCUCACUGCUUAUCGUCACGUUUUCUCCGGAGAUGGUGCAUGUCCGAAUGGUUCUAUAGUGCAAUUGAUUACCCAUGGUUUGCGAAGAGUGAAUUUGUCGAGUACCUGAAUCAUGUUAAGCUGGGUCAUGUGCCAAGGCUGACUCGUGUUGAGUGGGGUGUUAUACGGAGUUCUCUUGGAAAGCCACGACGAUUGUCGAAGCAGUUUUUACAUGAGGAGAGAGAGAAGCUUUCUCAGUAUCGUGAGUCAGUCAGACAACACUAUGCUGAACUCCAGUCUGGUGUUCAAGAAGGUCUACCGACUGAUCUUGCUCGACCUUUAGCAGUUGGACAGCGUGUCAUAGCCUGUCAUCCCAAAACCAGGGAACUUCAUGAUGGCAGUGUUUUGACUGUUGACCGUGACCGUUGCUGGGUUCAAUUUGAUCGGUCGGAGCUGGGUGUUGAGUUUGUGAUGGAUAUUGAUUGUAUGCCACUACACCCACUCGAAAAUUUCCCCGAAUCUCUGCGACGGCAAAAUAUCGUGAAUAAAUACUACCGCAGUUUCCCAGAAGUAAAAUUUGAGGAUCGAUCUAGAGAGUAUGGUGGUAGCGGCGCAGCAAGAUUCGUACCAAAUGGAGACACAUUUGAUUCAGUUGUACACGCAAAAAAUACUGGAAAUGAGGCUACAGUUGCUGCACAACAGGCAAUGUAUAGCCAGCCAUGUACACUGUCACAGCUACAGGAACGAGAAGCAGAUAUAAGGGCUCUUGCUGACCUAUCACGCGCCCUUGAUAAAAAGGAAGCUUUGCUGGUAGAAUUGAGGCACAUGAAUGAAGAGGUGUCUGGAAAGCAGAAGGAUGGGGAAACUAUUAGAGAUUUGGAGCACUUCAGGAAGCAAUAUGCCAUGGUGCUUGUACAGCUAAGAGAUUCGAAUGAUCAUGUUGCUUCGGCCUUGCUUUCUCUGCGGCAACGUAACACAUUUCAUGGGCAUCCUAUUCCUAAAUGCGUGGAAAACAGUGGUGCUUUUAAUAGAAAACCAGACGCAUCUAACCUUUUUGGUUAUAUUACCCAGGAGUCUGGAUCCCAAGUCAUGGAAAUUAUUGAGACUUCGAGGUGCAGAGCUAAGGCGAUGGUUGAUGUUGCUAUUCAGGCAAUGUGCAAAGUAAGUGACGGGGAGAAUGCUUUUGCGAAAAUAGGGGAAGCACUAGACAAUCUGAAUAUCCGUGGCACCGGCUUUGGUUCUAGCAUACUAGGCAUGCGGCGGAUACCUCCCGAUUCGGGACAGGCAAAUUUAGCCUGUCAAGAUACCAGCACUUCUGGCCGCUUUGACCCUGCGACAACUAACGUUCCUGGUCCAAGAUUGCCCAGCGGCCGUGAUUCUGAAACCCAGUUCCCUUCAGAGUUGAUUUCAUCCUGUGUAGCUACCAUCCUUAUGAUACAGAACUGCACGGAGAAGCAGUGUCAUCCUGCCGAAGUGGCGCACAUUCUCGAUUCGGCGGUCUCGCGCCUACAACCGCGCAGCUCGCAGAAUGUCCCGAUCUUCAGGGAGAUCGAGAUGUGCAUGGGUAUCAUCAAGAACCAAAUGCUGGCGCUGAUACCCACUCCUAGUGGCUAGUGCGCCGUGGCUAACAUUCUUUCUUGUGGUAUAUAUGUAGGGGAAGGAAAAUUUGACGAUGUAUGUGCUUAUGCAGUGUGUAUUCUUAAUCUCACAGCCUGUAUAAGGUGUAACUUAUCAGUUAUUGUUAUAUAUUUC